AUGUCAUCGGAGAAUCAGAACGGCGUCACAGACCCUAAGGCGAAGAAGAAGAAGAUUCUUCUCAAUGCCUUCGACAUGUUCACUGUCGGACACCUGUCCUUCGGCCAAUGGAGAAAUCCCAAAGACAGAGCGAAAGACAAGAGACGGGAUCUCACGUACUGGACCGAUCUUGCCAAGUUACUUGACAAGGGUGGUUUCGUUGGCCUCUUUCUGGCUGAUACUUUCGGGCCAUAUGAUACAUACAAAGGCAGUGCAGAGCCGUCAGUACGGACGGGCGCUCAGUGGCCGAUGGCUGAUCCGGUCAUUCCAGUUUCAGCGAUGGCUGCUGUGACUAAGAACUUGGGCUUUGCCAUCACGACAUCGACAUCGUAUGAGCAGGCCUAUGUUGUGGCCAAACGAUUCAGUACCCUCGACCAUUUGACCAAAGGUCGUUUCGGAUGGAACAUUGUGACGAGCUGGAAGGAAUCAGCCUCCAAGGCGGUCGGCCUGCCGUUGGUUGAGCACGACACCCGCUACGCUAACGCUGACGAGUAUUUGCGUCUUCUAUAUAAACUUUGGGAAGGUUCCUGGUCGGACACGGCCUUGGUGGAGGAUGCCGAGAAAGGCGUUUACUCCGACUAUUCCAAGAUACGCCCGAUCCACCACCAUGGUGUGUUCCAUGUCGAUGCACCCUUUCUGACUGACCCGUCUCCCCAACGCACCCCUGUGCUAUUCCAGGCUGGCACGUCUCCCGCGGGCAUCAAAUUCGGCUCAACCCAUGCAGAGGGAAUCUUCGUAGCCGGCCUCUCGCCGCAUGUUGUGGCGCCGAGAGUGAAGGCCAUACGCGAAGGAGCCAUCGCUGCCGGGCGGGACCCGUACUCGGUCAAGGUCUUCGCCAUGAUCACCCCCAUCAUCGGCAAAGACGAGGAAGACGCCAAGAGGAAAUACGAAGAAGCCCUCAAGUACGUCCUCGUCGAAGGCGGUCUCGCCCAGUUCUCGGCCAGCACCGGCAUCGACGUCUCGCAGUUCGACCUGGACCACGAGCUCACCGACAAAGACGUCGCGAGCCACCUCCAGCGCAUCCACUCCUCGCUAUACAACCUUCGCUACCGCGGGGACGACGUGCCCAAGCUGACGCCCCGCAACCUGGGCACGGUCGCGGCCAUUGGCGGGAACGGCGCGAUGCCUGUCGGGACGGCCUCCCAGGUCGCGGACGUGUUCCAAGAGUGGGUCGACAUUGCCGACGUGGAUGGCUUCAAUAUCGGCUACGUAAUCACGCCAGGCAGCUUUGAGGAUGCCGUCGAAUACCUUGUCCCCGAGCUCCGAAGCAGGGGCCUUCUGCCGGAGCCGAUCCCGGAGGAUGGCCCGGCGCCCACCUUCAGGGAGCAAAUCUACGGGCUUGGUCAGAAAGGGUUGAGGCCUGAUCACCCCGGCUACAAGUACAAGUACGAUAGUUAUGAACAGACCGUUGCCGAAGAAGAGGCCGCGAAGGCUGCGGCUGCGUAG